AUGCCACACGAAGAUUUUGGACCAGAUGAUUGUUUUAACGACAUAAAGCUUAAGUUCCGACCAGCACGUUGGCCAAAAAUAGAUCUGUAUCCCGAAGCGAAAGAGGACUUGCUUCGGUCUUUUAAUCUUUUUGACAAGAGCGGUCUAGGCGUUGCUAGUAUCGACUCAGUUAAGGUGGGUGCUUUCAAUCAGGAGGCUUUGAACAUGGUUAAUACAGACAAGUUAAUGUUUCCGGACGAAACUAUCGUCUUUGGUGACUACCUCAAGCUCCUCUCGGAGUGGAUUUUUAACGUCGAUCAGGAUCUUGAUGUAGAGAAGGCUUUCUCACUAUUCGACAUUGAUGGUAAGGGUUACAUCGACUUCGCUGACCUCCGAAGAGUGCGGGACCGUCUUGGAUACUCUCAGGAAAUUGACGACUCAGAAAUUAUCGAUAUGCUGAUUGGGUCCCAGGUGAACGAUGCCGCUGAGGAAUUGAAGGAGAUCUACGAGGCUCGACAGGAUAAGACACGUCUAAGAAAGGGUCAAGGCUACGCCACGUCGUUGGUGGGGGAGGUGGGUGGUGGUGGGACGGAGAGUGGCCCAAUGUUGGCUCCGCCAUCAAUAGGCAUGCACAGACGCACCUCCUCUGAAGAUGCCUUUGAUCCCGCUGGACUCACCGUGGACUUCGACAAGUUCAAACGCGUUCUUCAACUUGAAGCAGCACCUCCUGAACCCAUCUAA